GCUGUUGGCUUCCCUCCAGAGUGUUCUGACAGCUCCCCGAUAUAGAUCUAUCUUGUUUGUCUUCGGUUGCGCGCUUUCUUUGUGGAAUUUCCCCGGUUCGAAUAUGCAAUGAUUGUGUCCCUCGUUGUAUAGAACCCCCCCCCCCGGCAAGCUGGCCCACCUCCACCACCACUCCUUCUGGGAGCAGUCCUGAACAUCCAACCCACUCCCUUCGACUCAUAUCGAUUCGAAUGACAGUAUGGGUGUCGAUCCUCUUUCUCCAAUCGCCCCGGUGCGCCUACGGGCGCUAUUACUUCCUGUGGGGAAGAUCAAGCGCUCUAGGUUCCUAAGCUUUGCGGCGAGACUCCAAGCCGAGAAUGUCGUCCGCCUGGGGGACAUUAGUCCUGAUGCACGACCCAAUCGAAAUAUGUUUUCCCCGCUCGCGUUUCCGACAGGGAUGAUUCUCUACGACCUUUCCUACUCGGUUCCUCCUACCUCCCACCUAGAACUAUUUCCAUUUGAGGUGUUUCGUGAGCCUCUGGUCAUAAUCGCGAUUGCCGAUGGGCGGGAACUAGGUGGACCUGCCGGAGAGGCUUCAGGAGCCCCCUCCGAACAGUCCGCAACCCCGCAUGGGAUGGACGAGCUUCGACAGGGACUGGAGCUCCUCAAGGAGAAGAACCCGAGGGCGUUGGUCCAUCAGCUUCUCAUCUUCGACUAUGAGAAUGUCAACAAGAUCACGAACGAUCCAGAUGGUGUUUUGUGGAUCCCAGGCCCGCAGGCGUCCAAGGCCACCACCAUGAAAACCGUGCUCUGCGACAUCACAUCCGUGCUCCUUUCCGAAUUGGACGAAUUUGCGAAAAUCAUCCAAAGUAUACCCUCGAUUGAGUCGCCGAAGGCGUCGUCCUGGGGUCCACAUCGAGGCCCCGAUCUCCGUCCGCGCCCAACAGAUCGGUUAUUCCACCGGAUGACCAUGCCCGCGCAGAUCCCCAACUCGAACGGAUCGCCCGAAACACCCCCGCAGUUGACCUCGAACCAUAGCUCGCCCGUUUUGAGUGACCAUGAAACGCCUACGACGUUCGAUGAGAUCAGUCGAUCGAUCCAAUUGGCUAACCGCUCGAGUACGUUCGGAAAAGCCAGUUCCCAACCGGUGUCCAAGGAGCAUAGCCGUGACCGAAUGUCUGUCAGUAGUAUGAGCGCAACAGACCGGACAAAGAACCGAAUAAAGGGUCGUAUGGGUGUUGUGGUCGGAACCCUCUUCCUUCAAGCAGGACGAUGGCCGGAUGCGUUGAAGGAACUGGUAGAGGCCGCGUCGAAUGCUCGCGCGAGUAGCGAUUAUGUUUGGCAUGCAAAGGCACUCGAAUCAAUUCUUCUUUGCCUGCUGAUGUUCGGCUGGGCCGGAAUGGAUUUCCAGAUUCCUCCCAUUUGCUACCCAGUGGCCGAGAAAUCCUCGAAGUCAUCUCACAGCAGCGCUGUCGACACGGGUGCCGGGCAAUCUACUCCUGGGAACCGGGUCAUCUCUCUUCAAAACCUGUCGAACCUCUUGCCCGACCUGGCCAACAACAUACUCAACCUUUACAACCGUGCGGCCAACAUUACCAACGAGCCCCUCCCCCAGCUCGUUUACUCGGAGACCGUGAUGCGACUGUCGCGAUUAUUGGUGGCGGCGUGCAUUCGCGACGGCGCUCUGGACGACAAUGCUUUGAAGCACCUUGUGAUGAACGAGCCUUUGCAACCUUUGUACCGGCCAGAACGGCCUCGUGGAUUGGUGCUUCUUCGAAAGUCCGAGAUUGCCAACUUUCUCUUCCGUGCAUUGCCGCUGUCAGCCAGCUCGGAUCUACCCGCCACCGACGCCAUCCCCAUCAUCAUCGGCGUCGUCUCUGUUCUUGAUACACUUAAUUUGCCGAGGAAAAAGGCAUUUAUCUUGAGGGAGUUCCUUUCAAUCAUGGUUCCCACACUCGUUCAAGCUCGCAAAAUCGGCGCUGCGGAAGUGGGCAUCCAUCCCGCUGCGGGGCUCUCGUCUCUCAGUGACACAGCAUUCGAUAUCAACGCCCUCGACAUUGGUCCGGGAAACAUGGAAGAAAGUAUGCGCUCACUUCUUUCGACAGUAGGCGAGAUUUAUGGAGUCCAGCCCUCGUCUAUCCCCGCGUGGGACAGGGCGUCAGGUGUGGCUAAUCCGGAGCUUGUCCCCGAACACGACUCAGUUCCUGCUAUCGUUGAGCGAUCGUUUCGGCAUGUCGCCCUGCGAGGCUACGGCGACUUGAAUCUGAAAAUCGACGUACUCAAAGCCUGUGUCAACUGCUGCGAAGCGCUCCCAGAUUUUGGUGGCGUCCUCCAGUUUACGGUCGAGUUACUUCAAACCAUCCGGGGGGACUUGAUGCUUGCGGAGACCUACUAUGAUCGCCCCUACCUCCCACUGGACGAACAGGUCCGGCUUUUGAACAAUAUCAAACGGACUGUGGGAGCUGCUACUAAGUUGGGGGCAGCCGGGCUGGAGGCAGAGUAUUGGGACGAUUUUUUGGUGCGUGGCGUGCAGCUGCUCUCGCUCCCUGACCCCAGAAGGCCCGUUCGCCGGUCGAGAUCAGCCCUUGACGCUGUAACAUCAAACCAAGAGAGGCCGACGAAAGACCCCUUUCUGUAUAAUCCUUUCUCGAAGACAAACAGCAAAGCAUCCGAGCUGCUCAUGGUGGCUGGGGAACAUGCAGCAUUUCAAGUCACCCUUCAAAACCCUUACGAAUUCGAGAUCGAGAUUGAGAGACUUCGCCUUGACAGCGAGGGCGUCCCGUUUGAUGCGGUGGCCGAAUGGAUUGUUCUCCCCCCGCUGAGCUUGCAAGAACUCACAGUCUACGGGAUAGCGCACCAAGAGGGGCCGCUCAAGGUGACUGGUUGUGUUGUCAAGGUUCGGUACUGCAGAGAACGGAAAUUUCCCAUCUUCAGGAGCCAUUGGAGGCCCGAGGUUGAAAGCAAAUGCAAGCGCACUGGGCUUGCGGCUAAGAAGCCUCCGACGGAGCGACCUCUUUCCUGGAGCUCAACUGAGUCGCGAGACGGCAAGCAAGUUAUGAAAAAGGGACCGUCAACCACGACUUGUGAGGUCAAGGUAAUCGGCCAGCAACCGUCCCUCGUGAUAGAGUCGCUGUCAUUAUCGCAAUCCGCAGUGAUGGUCCUGGAUGGUGAGAUGGGAACCUUCAGCAUUACGCUACGGAACACAUCACUCUGCCCUCUUGACUUCAUCCUGUUCACUUUCCAGGACUCCACUGGCCGACAGAUCCAGUCUGCGCUGAGCAACAAAGACCUGCUGCCAGUCGAGAUCUACGAACUGGAGCUCAACCUCGUCAGGCCGGCAUUGCGGUGGCGUCGCGAGGGGUUGAAUCCGAGCGACUUUGCUAUUCCCGCAGGUGAAAGUGCCACGUUCACCAUCGAUAUCCUCGGUAAGACUGGCCUGCAGGAUUCCACGAUCCAGAUCGAUUAUUCUCGUGUGGGACUUCCUCGCGGUCAACUGCCAGAGGUAUUCUAUACCCGCCAGUUGUUCGUCCCCCUUACUGUCACGGUGAAUGCCAGUAUAGAAGUGGCUCGAUGUGAUAUUCUCCCCUUUAGUGGUGACUUCGCCUGGUGGAACCGCCAGGGCAUCGACUUUGACGCUGGUGCCGCAGAAUCCACCGACCUUAUUCCAUCACGAUUGACCGAUAGCGAUCCAUUUUCGCCGGUACUCUCUCACAUUGGACGCGGCUUGUAUGGACCCGAUCAUUGUGUCCUACUUCUUGAUCUUCGCAACGCUUGGCCCAACCCUCUAUCCGUGUCCUUGCGCGUUAGCGAGCAGCCAACGGCAAUGUCGACGCAAGACCUCGCCGACAUCGGCGACGAGACGCCUGGACAGUAUACGGUGUCAGGGGACCUUCAACCAGGGCAGACAUCCCGCUUUGUUCUGGUGCUGCCGCGUGUCCAUUUGGACAACCCUCACGCGUCAAUCCCUAUCAUCAACACCGGCGUCAAGAGACAAUUUGUGGUCAGUGCCCACAAACUCACAUUCGAAGGCGAAGCAGCCUCCCGCGAGACAUUCUGGUACCGACAGGAGCUCCUCAAGCGCGUGUCCGGGUCCUGGAGCGAAGGCCCCGCGCGUCGCAAAGGCACGAUCGACAUGAGGAACUUGCGAUUGAACCCGCGCAUGGUAGAUGCCUUCUCUCUCGAGGACGUCGAUGUAUCUUACUCUUUGAACCCCUCGCGGGCGAAGGAGCCCACGCCAUCCGACGAUGGAAACAGCGUGGUUCAACUUGGUCGAUCGAAGUACCACGUCCGGACGGACGAUAUGCUGGAUCUCACCGUCACCGUCCGCAACCGCACUUCCAAACCAGUCCAUCCUCUGCUUCGUCUCCAGCCGAGUCUCCGCCAUCAGCCUAGCAACAUUGCCCUGGACCUGUCGCGACGCCUCGCCUGGACAGGCAUGUUGCAACAGGUGCUUCCCAUCAUUCACCCCGGGGAGUCAGCAACCGCCACAGUCGGAGUGACCGUCCUCUGCCGGGGAGAGUACGAGUUCGGAGCCACGGUAGAAGAAGUCCGUCUGCUGCGACAUCUACACGACGCAGAGGGAGAAUCCGUCUCGCACCAAGAUGCAGACGGCGUCAUCAAAGAUACCUUUGGAGUGGACGUUGCCAAGAAACGGCGCAUAUGGCAUGCAAAGGAGACUUGCAUUUUGGAAGCCCACGAGUAGUCAUCGCAGAAUGCCGAGGAUUACUACCUAGCUCAUGAGCGCAUCCUGCUGGUUGCCGCUCACAUUCCAUGUUCAAUUCCCAUGUACAGUUUCCCUCAUAUUCUUCCUAUUCUAUCUCUUUCUUUUCUCCCACAUUCCCCCCUUUUUUUUGUACUGAGCGGAGCGUUCGUCUUGGGAAACUUUACCUUACCGGCUGUCUCAGACGAGAGCAACCGUACCUGCGAUGUGGAUAAUCUUUUUUCUACUCUUAUAUUCUAUGUAUGACUGAUACGGACGACGCUGGCGACUACGUAUGUGAUCCAUGUCUGUCUAUAAUAAGCCACGGGCAGAUCGGCAGCCGUACAGAUCUC